AUGCCUUGUCCUGCCAACCCUAAACCGGGCUUCUCCGUGCUCCGCAUCCACAGUAGCAAAAGGCCACACAACAUCGCGAACCUAUCCAGCAAAGCAAAAAAAGAGCUGAUUAAUUCUAUUGCGCAAGACAUCGAAGGUUGCAUCUGGGCUGUCGGUCAUUAUGUGAAGCUUGGUGUAUUAGACUCCACACACACGCUCGGGUUUGACCAAGUCAUCAAUGACAUCCACAAUACUGAACGCUACGAGAACGAGGAGGUCCUACAUUGGGCAGUUCGCAGACUGAAGCGAUACAAGAAGCGGGCAAGAGCAGAAAGAAAGAGAUGCAAAAAACUUGAGACCAAAUUGAGAAAAGAAACAGAAAAAGACAGUGAAGAGGAUUCCACCGACUCAGAAUCGUCGCCUGUGUAUUCAAAAAUGGCUUCCAUGCAAACAACGUUUUCGUCAAGAGACAACGGCAGCCCCGGCGAAGGGUGUUCGACAACAAUCAACACGAGAAACGGCAUAGGACAAGGAAUGAAAGGUAAUGUAUCGAUCCAGUCGGUAGAGUCUGUUGAUGAGCCUAUGAUUUCUCCUCCCCCUGCUCCUCUGUCUCCUCAAAGAAGUAUGGAGGUUGAGUUUGAGAAACACGUGCGUUUUGAGACUCCCUCUCAAUAA